AUGAAGGCAGCAGAGAUCAGAUUGUCUCUACACAGACCUCUACAGCACAGAGAUCCACACAUGGCUCCUACAAUCACUGCAGCAAUGACCAACUCUCAGGAGCAUCUGACUCGGAGCCACAAGCUCAGAAAGCCUCUGGUGGAGAAGUUACGCAGAGAGCGAAUCAACAGCAGCAUCGAGCUGCUCAAGUCUCUCCUGGGUCCAGAGUUCCUCAACCAGCAGCCAGACUCCAAGCUGGAGAAAGCAGACAUCCUGGAGAUGACCGUUUGCUUCAUGACACAGCUGCUGCAGCAGAACCAGCAGCAGAGAAGACUGAUGAAGCACGUCAACAAGCUGCAGUCUUCCUCUGAGGAGAAGCUGAGAGAGGCUGACUUCUCUCCUCUGAGCUCCACAGUCCACAGCAGCAUCACCAAGGACAAGAGUCCAGUCAGCAGCGCCCCCUGGAGGCCGUGGUAGACUCCUACACACUGGAGUCACCAGCAGACAAACUGGGACGAGCUCAGUGGUCAGAGACGACUGGAAAUGAAUUCCAUGAAAUGUAAGGACUUGUUCUUCUGUAUGAACAGAAACAUGUAUUUGUGUGUUGGACGUUUCCUGAGGAAAUAAGCAACAAUAUCUUUCAAGUGAAGAAAGAAAACCUCUUGUCAUGCAUGUUGCAUGAAUCACAUCUGACUGCAUCAGCAGUUAUUAUCACCCCUCACUGUGUCAGUGAUGUAUCAUCACAUGGUUUGUUACCUGUUGAUUAACUUUGAUCUUUGCUGGGAAAACAUCUAAAUGUUCUUUUUGUGGACGUGUUUUCAUCAGGAUUUUAACUUUGAAUUUCUCUGUUCAGUCAAAAAUGAUCUGUUUUAAGAUCCAAACGUUUAUUUCAUUUUCUUUCUGAACGAGAACAUCUUGUCAUGCAUGUUGCAUGAAUCCCAUCUGACUGCAUCAGCAGUUAUUAUUGUACCUCACUGUAUCAGUGAUUUAUCAUUACAUGAUAACAUGUAUUCAUAUUUUACCUCACUGUACUUCAUGUUUGAAGAGAAAACAGUGGAAACAUUUUAAUAUGUUUCAUUAAUAUUGAUCGUUUUGAUCAGAAACCUUAACCUUCUCUUUGUUUACAUAGUUAAUCAUUGAUUUUAAUCACUUUGAUUACUUCAUCAUUUGUUGUGUUGUGCAUCAACAAAUACUGAAACUGAAUUCUAUUGAAUUUAAGGACUUGUUCUUCUGUAUGACCAGAAGGACAUUUAAAUACUAAAUGUGUUCAAACUCUCCUUUGGAGAAAAAUGUGCUUUUCCUAAGGAAAAGGUAAAUAUGGAAACUUCAUCUUUCACAUUGAGAAAGAACAUUAUUAAUUCAUGUUUAAUGAAAGUUUAUAUUUCUCUGCAUUUGUAUGAGAUGACCUUGUACUAAUUAUGUAUCUUUGAUCAUUUUGAUCAAACUGACUUAGUGUCAUAUUUGUUAAUCACUUUGAUUAGUUAAUAUUGAUCUGUUUUAGGAUCUAUAUGCUUUUCUAUCCUUUAAUCCAAAAGGUGUGUAAAUCUGCUGCUGUGGCAGUGAACUGUUUACUUUAAUGAAAGUGACCUUUACACUCACCUGAUCUGUUCUAGGGUCAGUUUGUUCCACCUCAGCUUUUAUAUGAAGCGUAAAUGUUGAUUUUAAUAAUGUUUUAUAUUAAGAUGAAUGUCAACUGUUUGUGUCUUUUGUAAAGACCCAUGUUCCUCCACUCAGUUUGAGUGCAGCGUGACUUGGAGACGCUGCCAAGUUGUUGUCGUGAUGCAUCAUCACAUGUUUCUGCUCUGGAUGAAAAUGUCAUCAUUACGUUUGUCAAUAAACCAAAACAUAAUCGAA